GGAUGUCUGCGGGGCUCACCAGAGGACGAUCGCCGCCGCAUCGAGGCUGUUUCUGGGAGAACUCGGUGCUGGUAUUCCUGCUCCUCUCCGCCCAGUCCCUGGUUGUGGGCCUGCUGAGGGGUGUUUGGGUCUAGUGGAUCAGCCAUGUCGGGCUUCAAUCUGCUGCAUCUAAUAACCAAGAGUCAGCCUGUAUCUGUGAGGUCCUGCAGCCUUCCCUCAGGAGCACGUAGGACUGUGAAGUCAUGGCCGUUGAGCUUCUCUCAGGAGGAGCUGAAGAAACGUCUCACACCGAUGCAAUACCACGUUACCCAGGAGAGAGGAACCGAGAGUGCCUUCACCGGAGAGCUGACGUAUCACAAAGAUGAGGGGACCUAUCACUGUGUGGUCUGUGGGGUCGUCCUCUUCAGCUCCAACUUUAAAUUUGACUCUGGAUCAGGUUGGCCAUCUUUCUUUGAUGUCCUGAAGGAGGAGUCUGUCUCCCUCUCAGAUGAUUAUUCGUAUGGGAUGCACAGGAUAGAGACUACCUGCAGUCAGUGUGGAGCGCAUCUUGGACACCUUUUUGAUGAUGGUCCAAAGCCCACCGGGAAACGCUACUGCAUUAACUCUAUUUCACUGGCUUUUCAGCCUAAAGAUUCCAACCCGUCCUCCAGCUCUGCAGCCGAGGCUGGAGCGGCUGGCGGAUCAGGGAAUGACGGGAAGACGGAGCUCUGAGAAAGCAGGGAGCACCUGCCAGAUGGAAAGGCAAAGUUCGGAUUGGAUUUCUGGUUUUGGUUUGUGUAAAGACAGAGUUCAGAGGUAGCAGCAAAACAAGCGUAAUUCUCUCUGAAACGGCGGCUGCAGAUUAAAAUGCAGUUCAGGGUAAUGCAGACUACUUUAACCUCUCAUCCAAAACAUGCUUCACUUCUGACUGACUGCUGGAGAGUCUGGUCAAAUGACCGGAGGCGUAUCCAGGAAAUAUUUAACAGGGUGGCCGGUCAAUAGAUAUCACCAACUACGAUGAUUAGUUUAACUUUGCUUAGAAUCAGUGUGUGAAAUCCAGGAUUCAAAAUUCAGGGGUGGUUUCAUCAUCAUCAUUGUAGGAGCCAUUAUUUCUACUCAUUGUUUGGUUUAGAUGGUGUUUGUUUAUGUUUGGAUGGCACAGGUGACCUAUAUUUUCCUCCACCAUUGGGGUUGAGGGGAAGUGCAUGGAGGUGACAGUGCACGGUGUGCUUGGGUAACGGGAGAUCACACGGUUUUUACUGCUUCUGAACACUUCUUACAUCGCUUUGUAACAGUUCACCGUUUCUUUUACCGCUUCUUCCACCAUCUUUUACUACCU